AUUGAUGAAUUUCCCAUGUCUUAAAAAGAGAGUUCUGUUGGUGUUGCGUGCGAGAAUGUCCUCCGGCGGUGUCACGGUGGCGGACGGCAGUCCGCAGAUGUACUUCUGCCACCAAUGCGAACGGACCGUCACCAUUACCCCUUCCCCCGGCGGCGAUAUCCUGUGCCCCUCUUGCAAUUCCGGUUUUGUUGAGGAAUUCCAAAACCCUAACCCUAGUCCUGGUAUACCAGAGCCUUUUUUCCCCGACCCACUGUCCCUCUUCCUCUCCCAAUUCCUCCAUUCCACAAAUCCUAACCCUAGCUCCCGAUCCGGCCAGAGUGGAGAAUCCCAAUUUGGGGCUGAUGCUUUCGACCCGGUUUCAUACUUGUUGAACCUUCUAGCGAAUCGCCGCGCCAGCGGCAUUGAUUAUCAGUUCGUGGUCGAGGAUCAUCCGUUGGCUUCCGCGUUUUCUCUUCCGGCGAAUAUUGGGGACUAUUUCGUGGGGCCCGGAUUUGAACAGUUGAUUCAGCAGCUGGCUGAGAAUGAUCCCAAUCGAUAUGGUACACCACCAGCCUCCAAGUCCGCUGUCGAUGCCUUGCCUGGCAUUAAUGUGGAUGAGGCUUUGCUGAAAUCGGACCUGGCGCAGUGCGCCGUAUGUAUGGAUGACUUUGAAAUGGGAACUGUUGUGAAGCAGAUGCCGUGCAAGCAUGUUUAUCAUCAAGAUUGUAUUCUGCCCUGGCUUGAGUUGCAUAACUCAUGCCCUGUGUGCCGCUAUGAACUUCCAACUGAUGACCCAGAUUACGAGAGCAAGGGUAAUUCAGGCAGGAGUGGCGUUUCUCAGAGGAAUGAUGGUUAUAAUAACGGUAAUGAUGAUUUGGCUGGGAGUUCAGAUGGGCGAAGGACGGUAGAGAGAAGAUUUACCAUAACCUUGCCUGGAUUAUUUGGAGGAUUUGGUUCUGGAUCAGGGUCUGAAUCGAGCGGUGAGGGAGCGGAGCAGCAUAGUCGGGAUCUUAAUUAAAUGUUCUUAGCAACUUUGCCAUUUGGAAAUCUCUAAGAGAGUGAUUUGAGCGUGAUGCAGGACUUUGUUUCUGCUUGUAACCAAGGAUGGAAACAGGAUUUACAUGCAUGAGAAGUAAAGGCCAUCAUUUGGAGCCAACAGUAUAUAAUACUCUAUGGAGCUACCAAAAAAAAAGAUUUUCUUGCUUUUUCUUACUCAGGGGAACUGGUAUAUUUCCAUUUUUGUAUUUUCGAUCUUCCUGAUCAUGUUGAAAGCACCGGAUUUGGUUAUAUAUGAAUGCUGCAGUGUCUUGCUCUCUAUUUAACUAUAAUCAUGUUCUCAAUUCAAGGCCU